GUUCUACGUGGUGACAGACGACCUCCUCCUGUACACCCGCCUGGGGGGCGCCAUCGCCCCCUGGCCCCCCCACCACCGCCUCAAACUGGACCUACAGUACCUCCCCACGUGGGGGGAUCUACCCCCUCAUCUACGUCUACUGGAGGACAAGUUCCGGCCGUGCAGUUGCCAGCGUCUACUUCUACCUCAUCUACUCCCCCACGAGGAGGCCGUCAUCUACCUCGACACGGACGUCAUCUUCCUGGCCCCACCUGAUCUAUUGUGGGCCCAACUGCGGGCCUUUGGGCCCCACGCCGUCCUGGGGGGCGCCGCCCCCACCAUGAUCCAGCGGGGGGCCCAGGAGGCCGCGACAGCACCAGGACCUGCUCAACCACGUCUUCAACCAGGUGAUUGGCAGCACCAGGACCUGCUCAACCACGUCUUCAACCAGCGCCCCGCCCUGCUCCACCCCCUCCCCUGCCCUUGGAACUUCAGGUGGCCGAUGUGCGAGGCGACGCAGGAGCGCUGCCCCGCCCUUCUACAGGGCGGCGCCUACGCCGUCCACGGCAUCGGGGGCGCCUUCGUCAGCCGCGCCCACCCUGAGAUGGUCAAGUUCCACGCAACGUGGGCAUCAUGGCAGCUGACGGGCGCCAGGGGGGCGCUGGCGGCAGCGCUGCAGGGGGCGUUGGUGCCCCCCGGGCCCCGCGUGGGGGCCUGCGCCCACUUCAGACCCCUGGUCUACCUGCUCACCAACCAGCUGUGGGCUGACAGCCCCCUGUACCGUCAUUAUUAUGAUGAUAGUGAUGAUAGUGAUGGACGAUAGUGAUGAUA